AUAUUUUGCCUGUCACAAACUACACAUCAUGGCUCAAUCACUCCCUGCUAUGAAGACGAACCCCAAGUUCAUCUUUUUUACCGACUUUGAUGGAACCAUCACCCUCUUUGACAGUGAGUAUUUCUCUCUUGCAACUUCGCCUUCUGCUGCAUUUUCUAUCAUUCUCUACAUUACCGACAAUGUUGGCUUCGGCUACGAGAAGAGACGUGAGGGUAACAUGAACGUCCUGAACGGCACCGAGAGCUUCAGAGACUCCUUCAAGCGCAUGAUGGACAGUGUCAAGAUGCCUUACGACGAGUGCAUCAAGUACGUCUCAGAAAACGUCAAGCUCGACCCUGGUUUCAACGACUAUCUGCAGUGGGCCAUCAAGAACAACAUCCCCACAGUUGUUCUGUCAUCUGGCAUGGAGCCCAUCAUCCGCGCCAUCCUCGAGAAGCUUGUUGGCGAGAACGCAAAGUACAUCGAUGUCAUCUGCAACAACAUCCAGGCAAGACCUGGCAAGCAGGUUAACGAGGAAGGUGGUUGGGAGCUCGUCUACCACGAUGACUCUCACUUUGGUCACGACAAGAGCUUGACCAUUCGCCCUUACGCUCAGCUUCCUGCUGACCAGCGUCCUACUCUGUUCUAUGCCGGUGACGGUGUAUCGGAUUUGAGCGCUGCUAAGGAGACUGACCUUCUGUUUGCCAAGUCUGGGCACGACAACAUUCCCUUCACUGUCUUUGAGGACUGGAGCCAGAUCAAGGCCAAAGUCCAGCAAGUCGGCAAGGUCUCCGUCCAGGAGGCUGCCAAGCAAGGUGUUGAGGCCUACGAAAAGGGUCAGGCUGGUGUCAAGCCCACCGCU